UUGUCUGUUUUAUACACUCUUAAACAUGAAAAUGUAUUAAUGUUAUACACAAUUAAAGAUUAACAUGUUUUAUAACAUAGUAAACCAUCUAAAAAUUUCGUCCCGCAUAAUUUCUGAUUAAUCUUCGAUUUUUUCUUUAGGCGCUAGGCCCAAUCCGACCGCCCGACUAGCGCGUUCCCGAACAGGGGUAAAGGUUAUAACUUCAAGCGAACGCAUCAAACCCACGUGUAACUCAGAUAAGCCUCCAUCACCAUACCUUAUGUAAAGGACCCACUUGCGAUUCUGUGAAAAGCCCACACAAUAAGGACCACAUUUAUAUUUAAUUUCACAACUUUUUCUAAUAUAUAUAUAUAUAUAUACACAUUCACCUAGGCUUCUCAUUUUGUAGAUAAGAACCACCGAACCAUAGCUCCAAAGAAACUCCCGAGGCAAAUGAGAUCACUCACCAUGCCGAUUCUCCUCCCUACCUCUUCCUUCAAAACAACAGCCACCGUAAUCAUCGCCGGCGUCUUUUCUUUAGCGGCGGCUGUUAGUUUCACCGUUCCUUCAGUCUCACAUGUCCAGUACCGGUCCUAAGUUUUGCCAGGCCCCAUUCAAAAAUAACAUAUAUAUCUAUUUUUUAGUACACAAUUUAAUUUAUUAUAGUAAUUAUAUAUUUUUGAAAAUGAAUAAUGAUUAAAACGACUUUUAUUUGUUUUAGUAUAUGUAUUUUAUAUUUUCUUAAUUGAUUUAUUAAUAUAAUAUUUAUUACUUUGAUAUGUUUAGAUAUUUUAUUCUAACUAAAUCUACAAAAGUAUCACAUUUUUAUACAAUUUUACAAUUUUUUUAGAAAUAAAAUGAAACCACAAAGUAGGCCCCAUCCCAAUGUAUCAUGGGUUUGGGGUCAAGCCCGGCACUGCACAUGUCAUGGCGUCUUGCUUUCUGAUCUUCCACGAUAACACAGUCUUCCUCGUAAAGCCACCGUAUCUUUACUUAGUCACCAACUGUAUCAUCGUCUCCAUCGUCGCUACGUCUAAGCUCACGCAGAAAGCGUCUGCCCAUAUCGAUGAUCCUGAGUUCUCUGAUGUAGUAACGCCGGAGACGUUAGAACCGGUGCCUUCUGAUAUAGAUACCGGUUACUUAAACGUGGCGCACGUCGUCUCUUAUACCGGAUUUGAAGAGAACGAUGCACCACUUGAAGAUGUCCCCGAAGUCAACAGUGAUGAUAAAGUGAUAGUGGAUAGUCAACAAGAUCAACAUGCAGAGACAGAGAAGCCAAAACCGAGUAGUGCCUCGCCGGAACAGGAAUCGAAGGUGCCAAAACCGAAGAGUGAUUCUCCGGCGGUUUCCGUUGUGAAGCCGUUGAGGAAACCGCCGAGAUUCAGUCAACAAAGAUCGCUUAAAAAUAUUGAAGAAGGAGGUGGUGGAAGUAAAAAGUCAAAGGACUCGAGGAGGGAGGACACGCUGGAGACGACGUGGAAGAAGAUAACGGAAGAACGCUCGACGCCGUUAAAGAAGCACUUGACUAAAUCCGACACGUGGCAAGAAAGGUCGCACGUGCAAAAGAAGGAGAAGUUGACCAAGUCUGUCAACUUAAAUGAGGCGGAGACGACGUUGAAGUUGAAACGAGAGCCGUCGCCGGGUCAGGAAGAGCUGAACAGGCGUGUGGAGGCGUUUAUCAAGAAGUUCAACGAAGAGAUGAGAUUGCAAAGAUUAGAAUCUUUGGCCAAGUAUAACGAAAUGGUUAAUGGAGGGACUCGUUUGUAAUAUUCUUGUUUUUCUUUUUAGCUGUCGAUGGAAAGGAGACUUGAGAGGCUUUUUUGUGGUCUUUCCAAGGGACAAAUCUAAGAAAUAAUGCAAAGAGGAAGACAAAACAAUGUGUAUUUAUGCCAAAAAGGAUGUGUACUUAUGUGUAGUAUGUAAUGAUUGUUAUAUUUCUAUUU